CUGGCAACACUGCUCGUGUCCAUUCAGUUAUUGAAACGUUUGGCGUGUUUCCGUUGUUAGUUGUAACUUCCAAUUCUAUACUUUUAGAUAGUAAAUUCACCAAGAAUAGUCAUGUCGUACAAAGGCGCACAGAAGAUACAAAAGGUGAUGGUUCAACCAAUCAACCUGAUAUUUCGCUAUCUACAAAAUAGAGCUAGAAUUCAAGUCUGGCUGUAUCAGAACAUCACCAUGAGAAUAGAAGGACACAUUAUUGGGUUCGACGAGUAUAUGAACUUGGUGUUAGACGAUGCCGAAGAAGUCCAUAUGAAAACUAAACAGAGGAAGGCAAUUGGCAGAAUAUUAUUAAAAGGAGAAAACAUUACACUGAUAAUGAGCACACAAACAUUACCUGGUUAAUGUAGUUCGUGUAUGUUAUCCAUCUCUAGUGUGUUCUGUGAAAUUGAUUUUAUCUGUUCUUCAUUAGUGCAUAUAAUAAUUCUGAAGUUCAUCAAGUGCUAUUUCAUCUUUGCGUGUUUUACUUUAUUACGAGAACACGUCCAAUUAAGAUUUAGAACACCCCGAAUUUUUGUUAUUCGCGUUGUAAAUAUGUAUUUGAAGUAUCAAUAACAUAAGUGAAAUUAAACAAUGCUAAUUUGUUUAGUAAAAAUAUUGUUUUCAUAAAUCGUAGUGUCAUGUCAUAUUUUUUCAUUUAGAUUUAUUUUAUAUAAUAUUUCGUGAUAUACUAUUGCUCGUAUCUGCUAAAAUUUAUACUGAUUUACAAUAAAAAGUAUAGUACACUCCAGCUAAUGGGAGUUAUUUGAAGUUUUGGGAUUAUACAGUAUAGAAACAAUAGAUAAAUACUUGUAUGUCAAAUACUGUACAAAAACUAUACAUAAAACUUAAAUAUAUGUUAAAAUGUGUAAUUCAUAUUAAUUUUGCAAUUUGACAUGCUUUUAAAAAUUCUGUGAAUUCUUUUUGUUUUUGGCUGGAACAUUUAGUGGAAAAACAAAGUUGGUUCAGAUUUCUUAAAGUGUGAUAUAUAUCCUUGCAAUUAUAG